AUGCAAGAUGAAGCAAACUACUGGAUGAUAUUGAACAAUCAAACACAAACGUCAAUAGGUGCAAAUUUAUCAAAUAACUUAUAUAUCUGCACUUUGCCUAUUAUGAUAGACUACUGCUUCACAGCGCCAACUAUCCCUAAAUAUAUGGAUCUUGAAGUAUUCUCUGCUAAAGUGAACCGCUAUUCUAACUUGGGCAAAUUCAUAGCAAAUGAAGACUUUGUUCCAACAUCAGACACUGCCGCACUUUUGAAUAGGAUAAAUUGA